AAAGAGAAACACAAGUCAAAAUUUUCUUUUUCUUAUGUGUAAUUUUUCAUAUAAAAUGAGAAGAAGAUAACAGUGAAAUGGUUAAUGACUUCCUCAAAAAAAUAAAUAAUUGAGAAUUUUGUUGGAUUUGUUUUUCCCUGCUCGACACUCUUUUCUUCUUCUUCAACAAAGACGCGCAGUGAGUUCUACCGUUAUCACCUACCGUCGCUCACUGCGCUCUUCUUGUAUUUACCAAGCGAACCACAUGAAGCAUUUUGCGCACUGAAAAUUCUCUUCAAUUGUUCUUUCAUUCUCGCUGAAUUAGGAAACUCCAUUUCUCUCCACCAGAUCCGGUGGCGGAUCACCGUCGAACCGCUCUCAUUCUUCGAAUGCCGCUUCGGUUCCUGUGAUUUCCGCUGCAUCGGCAUUCGGAACUGUGCUGCGAUUCUUCUGCAUCUUUUGCUUCUCCGAAAUGCUUAUCUUCAGUCCUGUUACUCCCGGUCAGGUGUCGUUCUUGCUCGGGAUCACUCCGGUCGUUGUGGCAUGGAUAUAUUCGGAGAUAUUGGAGUAUCGGAAAAGCUCUGUCUCGUCCAGAGCUGGGCAGUCGGAUAUCAACUUGGUUGAAAUGGGUAGUGAUGCUGUUAAAGAUGAAGACAAAGCAGUUUUAUUGGAGGGAGGAGCUCUACAAUCGGGAUCCCCGAGGGCGCGGAGCAUAACUGCCUCACCAUCCAUUAUCCGAUUCCUUUUGAUGGAUGAAUAUUUCCUUCUAGAAAACCGUUUGACACUCAGAGCGAUGUCUGAAUUUGGUCUCCUUUUGGCUUACUUUUAUCUGUGUGACCGCACGGAUUUCUUUGCCUCGUCAAAAAAGAGUUACAAUAGGGAUCUCUUCCUAUUUCUCUAUUUUCUCCUCAUAAUAGUUUCGGCAAUGACUUCCUUUAAGAAACAUCAAGACAAGUCACCAUUUUCUGGGAAAUCCAUCCUUUAUUUAAAUAGACACCAGACUGAAGAAUGGAAAGGCUGGAUGCAGGUUUUGUUUUUGAUGUACCAUUACUUUGCUGCAUCUGAAAUCUACAAUGCAAUCCGUUUGUUCAUUGCCGCAUAUGUUUGGAUGACUGGAUUUGGGAACUUCUCAUAUUAUUAUGUUCGUAAAGAUUUUAGUCUGGCUAGAUUUGCUCAGAUGAUGUGGAGGCUUAAUUUCUUUGUGGUGUUCUGUUGUAUUGUACUCAACAACAGUUACAUGUUAUACUACAUCUGCCCCAUGCACACACUUUUCACUCUUAUGGUUUAUGGGGCACUUGGUAUUCUCAACAAGUACAAUGAGAUUGGGUCAGUCAUUGCUGUGAAAAUCAUUGCUUGCUUCUUGGUUGUUAUCUUGGUAUGGGAGAUACCUGGAGUCUUUGAAUGGCUUUGGAGUCCAUUUACUUUCCUUCUUGGUUAUACUGAUCCUAAUCCUGCCAAAUCGCAUCUUUCCCGCUUGCAUGAAUGGCAUUUUCGCUCAGGGCUUGAUCGCUACAUAUGGAUAAUUGGCAUGAUUUAUGCCUAUUAUCAUCCAACUGUUGAACGAUGGAUGGAAAAAUUGGAGGAAGCAGAAAUCAAGCGCAGAGUAUCAAUCAAAGCAGCUGUUGUGCUGAUAUGCUCAUCGGUGGGUUAUUUUUGGUUUGAGCAUAUAUACAAGCUCGACAAGCUUUCAUACAAUAAAUAUCAUCCUUAUACUUCGUGGAUUCCCAUAACGGUUUACAUAUGCUUGCGGAAUGUCACACAAAGUUUCCGUAGCGGUACUCUGACACUUUUUGCAUGGCUUGGGAAGAUUACACUGGAGACUUACAUCUCCCAGAUCCAUAUCUGGUUAAGGUCAGGUGUUCCAGAUGGACAACCCAAAUUGUUGCUUUCCCUGAUCCCAGACUACCCAAUGUUGAACUUCAUGCUUACUACUUCCAUAUAUGUUGCAAUUUCCUAUAGGCUUUUUGACCUGACAAAUGUACUCAAGGUGGCAUUUGUGCCCAGCAAAGACGACAAGCGUCUUUUACACAAUUUAAUUACAGCAACAACAAUCUCAGUUGUUUUAUAUUCUUUGUCCCUUGGCUUCCUUAGGGUACCUCAAAUGUUGGUUUAAAAUUUGCAUAUGUAUAUAGUGUUGCAAGCUUCUAUGAUAGUUUCCUGUGGAUGGAAGAAUACCGAGCCAGCUGCUACCAUUGGUUUGUCAGGCCUUUUCUUUUACCUAAAGACGCAUUCAUCUCUUUUUUGAGUCACAGAAGUAAAAGUAAACGUGUACCCAUAAGAAGCAAAAUGGAAUUAUUCUAAUAGUCUAAUAGCUCUGCAGUUUUAGGAGUUUGAGUUGUAUAGACAAGAGGGUGACGUUGCAAUUUGAUUUUUUAUUUUUUAUUUUAUUUUAUGCAACCUUACUUUGUGUUGUUCA